GCGGCAUCGUGGCUGUGCGAGAACGAUGCAGCUGCGCAGGACACCGCCGCGCCGCAGCUCACUGGUGCGACCUUGCUCGACCGCCAGCUGAAGCUGCUGAACCUGACGAACCUGUCGGCAGAGGAUUUCUCGCGGAAGGAGGGGGUGGUGGCCGACCAGAAGUGGCUGGAGUUGGCCAUCGCCUCCCAGCGAAAGGUGGAACCCUCGCUUUGGAUGCUAUAUCGUGAGUGGGUCGACGAUGUGAUCGACGGGCAGGUCGAGCAUGUCGACGCUUGGCAUCACUUCGUCGUCGCGAGGGCGUUCGGGUUGAAUCCUUCGCUCACGAAGAGCGUAAAGCCUGGCGAGGCCGCCGACUUGCUGGCGCUUCUGGCAGAGGACCGGAAGUUGGGCGACUCGACUGCCAACGAGUCUUUGGAGUCCUGGCUUGAAGAGUCGCGGGAGGCCUUCGACUUCCGCUUCCGCAAGGCACACCACAGAUGCUUCGAUGGCCUCAGCUUUGCGGAGGAAGGCGACUGGCAGGGCUCGUUCUCUUUCGUCCAGAUCGCAGACCCGCAGCCACGGGCACAGGGAGCCAGUUCUACAGGGCCAGCUAUAGAAGCCAUGAGUUUUGCGUCCAUGGUGACGGCGAACACGAUCUUACACAGAAAGAAUGUAUGUACCGUGCACCCGUUGCCAUUGCUGUUGUUGUUGUUGGUGGUGGUGGUGGUGGUUCAACGCUUCAGCGGAGUACGGUGGAGGGAGAGGCGAUUGACUUGA